CCAUCACCAAAUAUGUUUUGUUCCUUUACAUGUUUUCCAGGAAACAAAGCUCUUUUCAGACCAUAGCUUAGUCUCACGUACACAGACUGACACAAAUCAGCCACCUGGCAGCAUCUGACUAAUAAGCAGGAACUGAAGAUGCCAAGAAAAAUGCCCAGUUUCUGUGCAGCUCUGCUCCUAACUCUCCUAACCUCAGCGUACGCAGUACGAGAAACUCUCAACUCCAUCAACGAUGUUAAAAAAUCUGUUCCUCAGCCCACCAACAUCUUAGAGCUACUACACUGGUUUGCCAAUACAGUUAACAUCGACAAUCGUGGUACCAUCCAGGUCACCUUUGACCCAGAUUUCGAUUUUGGUUCUCAUCAUUACGGCAAUUUCGAUAACAUGUUGGAGCGACCUUCUCGGGGGUACAAAUACUACACAUUUGGUAACGUUCAUAAAGACUUAUUAGGAGGGCUCCCCUCUUAUGUAACUAAUGCCAUGUUUGGAACCAUUGGAUGGAACAGAGGUCGGAUCAUUUUUAGUGCCACUGGAGGGAACGGGGUAUGGAAUAUAGAUCAAGUCUACAUCACACAGCAUCAUGGCAUUUCUGCACAAAAUGGCACCAGCUAUAACCCAGCCUACACAUUUGAGAUCACCACCGACCUUUUACGACAAUUCAGAGGACGGUCAAUUUCGGAAAUCCAACAAAGCAUCACAUUAUCCCCGAGAAACAACUUUAGGAAUGCAUCUACUAUUCUAAAAGAUCAAUCCUUCACUAAUUCACUUCAGUCAAGAACAACUGAUCGAACGUUCUACAGCGCUAAUGAGAACAACUACGUACCUCCGCCUCAUUUAAGAACAACUCAUCAAACCUUCUACUCCACUAAUGAGAACAACUACAUACCUCCGCCUCAUUCAAGAACAACUCAUCAAACCUUCUACUCCACUAAUGAGAACAACUACAUACCUCCGCCUCAUUCAAGAACAACUCAUCAAACCUUCUACUCCACUAAUGAGAACAACUACAUACCUCAACCUCAUUCAAGAACAACUGAUGAAGAUGAUUUCUUGGGAAAAUUUUGUAUUGUUUUGGCAAUACUUUUUAUUCUAGCCAUGUUAUUUCUCGGUAAUGCAGUUAAAAAAUAAAAUGUGCAGUCAUGUUCCCACUAGUGUUGCACCGAUACCAGUAUCGGCCGGGGCCCUAAUAAUGCCUUAAAAUGCUGGUAUCUGUAUUGGCGAGUACCAACAAAUAAGGCACCGAUACCAUUUUGAGAGUCAAAAGUUUAUUCAACUAUUGUCACCCAUUCCAGGUAGGUGAUAAAAGGUUCUACUGAAUUCACUUUGUAUUAGCCUUUUUCCUGCUUCACAAAGGUAGGCAGCAGCUUGGCAAAACCAUUAUUUACAAUUAUUUUACAUCCUAGUAGUCUGCAGUUCUUCAUAUACACACAUACAUAAAUUUUAAACAGAUGGUAUCGGCCAAUACUGCACAGACCGGUAUCGGUUUUGGGGCCAAAAAAUGGCAUCGGCGCAACACUAGUUCCCAGACACUGUUCAAGGGAAACAUAUAAAAAUGGUGCUUUUAAAUAGUCUGGGUUAAAACUGUCAAAUUGUGAACAAAAUAUGGGAUGCAUGUAUGUAUGUUUAUGAGUAAAUAUAUUUUCCAUUGUAAAAUGUUAUUUGACUCUAUGAUGUAUUCCUCUGCCUCAUAAUGGAGCAAUAUAUGUCUGACAUUUGAUGCAGACUUGAGUCAUUUUGGGUGGGAUAAACAUUACAAGUAUUAAGAUUGAAAGGGUGCCUGUUGAAAGUUUGUAUUUAUUUGUUUUUACUAUGUUGUAUAUUUAACACUGUUUUGUUAGUGACUUAGGUGCCCCCCCUCCAAUGUA